AUGGGCUCCUUGGCACACGAUAACCCAGUCCCUGCAGAUAUCGCGGUUAUUGGCCUGGCCUGUCGCUUUCCCGGUGGGGCGUCAAAUACGCAAAACUUCUGGGAUCUUUUGUAUCAACAAAAGGCUACAUAUGCGGAUUUUCCGAGAAGCCGUGACAAUGCCAGUACCUUCUACCAAGAAGGGGAUAAAAUCAAUGCCACUGGCAGCCAAAAAGGUCAUUUUCUUCAACAAGAUGUCUCGGCUUUUGAUGCUCCUUUCUUCGGCAUCACGGGACAAGAGGCGAAAGCCAUGCAUCCGACCGCAAGACUUCUUCUAGAAGUGACAUAUGAAGCCUUUGAAAAUGCAGGUCUCGCAAUCGAACAGCUUGCUGGAAGUAACACGAGUUGUUACGUAGGGUGUUCCGAGCCAGACUUGGCUGGAACGAUCUUGUACGACCCAGAGUCGCCUACGACAUACAAGACAACGACCAGCCUCUCGCUUUUGUCUAGUCGAAUCUCUUGGUAUUAUGACUUUCGCGGUCCGAGUCUUACUUUGGACACAGGAUCCUCUUCGGGCCUGGUGGCAUUACAUCUGGCAUGUCAAGCUCUCGGGGCAGGCGAGUCGAAAUUGGCAGUUGUGAGUGGCGCGAAUCUAAUUCUGAACAUCGAGUACGCCACUGUCUUCGCAAAUCCAGACAGAUUUUGUCAGGAAACAUCAUCGAAAUCAUUUGCCGGUGGAGCGGUAUGCCAUGGGCGAGGAGAAGGUGUUGCUUCAAUACUCCUGAAGCCUUUAAAUGAUGCUCUGCGGGAUGGCGACCCGAUUCGAGCAAUCAUUCGGGGGACUGGGGUAAACCAAGACGGCCAUACGAUCGGUGCAACUGUACCGAAUAGUAAUUCGCCAGCAGAAUUAAUUCGCUCGACCUAUGACUCGGCCGGAUUGGAUUUUUCUCACACUGUCUACCUUGAAGCGCACGGCACGGCCCGGAGAAUGGGAGAUGCUUUCGAGAGAACUGCCGUUGCCAGGUCAUUAGGAUACAGUCGAAAAGAAGGCCGCAAUCUCCUGGUGGGAUCCGUGACAUCGAACAUUGGCAACCUAGAAGGAGCGUCAGGCUUGGCCAGCAUCGUCAAAAGCAUUCUGAUGUUGGAAAGAGGCAUCAUAUUACCCAAUGUUCACACCGAAAACACUGUAAACCCGAGGUGUUCUGUCGACUUGAAGCUCGCCACGCCGACAUCUUGUAUUCGGUGGCCAUUGAACUCUCCGCGACGAGUCAGCGUACACAAUCUCGGGUCUGGUGGAACCAACGCACACGCGAUUCUCGAUGAUGCCACGGAAUACCUCACCAUCAGAGGUUUACAAGAUUCAAGUUCUCUAUCGCCGUGGGUUAGCAAAAACGCCACACAACCUCGCUUAUUUGUGUUUAGCGCUCAUGAUGAAGCGGCUCUAAGGAGGAUGAAAAAGCAAUAUGCUGACUAUCUCGAGUCAUACAUGACCACAGCUGGGUCGAAAUUCCAGGUGAAAGAGUCGGCGUUUCUUGACCAAUUGGCCUUCACUCUCAGUGAAAGACGUUCUCGGUUCGAUUGGAAGACUCAUGUGGUUGCUUCUUCCAUCAAAGAACUACGGACCCAGCUCUCAUCAUCCACAGUCCGCCUCGGACGGUCGUCCACUUCUAAUCCACAAGUCGCUUUCGUCUUCACGGGCCAGAGUGAAAACUGGGCUAGAAUGGGUGUCGGGCUGUUCCGCUAUCCAGCUUUCAAAAAGAGCAUCCUUGAUGCCGAUGAACACCUCAAGGAAGCGUUUGACUGCGACUAUUCGUUUAUUGAGGAGCUUAAGCGGGACGAUAAAGGGAUCGAGACCCAUCUCGCAGCCAUCAGUCAUCCCAUGUCUACAGUAUUACAAGUUGCCCUUGUCGACCUCCUGAGAUCGUGGAAUAUCAUCCCAGCAGGCGUGGUCGGUCACUCAAGUGGUGAGAUAGGAGCAGCUUAUGCCUAUGGUGUUAUUUCCCGGGAAGAUGCUUGGACAAUCGCGUACUGGAGGAGCAAACUUUGCUCAGAACUUACCGCUGAGUCGACUCCACCAAAAGAGGCCAUGUUGGCGGUGGCAUUGUCCAAGGAUGCGGUGCAAGAGCAUUUGUCGACAAUCAGUCAUGGACAGCUAGUCAUCGCGUGUGUCAAUUCCCCUUCGUCUGUUACCAUUUCUGGGAAGGAGACCGCCAUUGGUCAGCUCCACGAGAAACUGAGUGCUUCCUCCGUCUUCUGUCGCCAAUUGAAGGUUCCAAAUGCUUUCAACUCUCAUCACAUGGAGCAAAUUUCCCAGAGAUACCUUGAGAAGAUUUCAACGAUACGGCCGAAAUCACCCAUGUCAGCUAGAAACAUUGUAAUGGUAUCAAGCGUGGCUGGUGAGGUCAUUGAACCCCGCGCCCUCGCGCCAGAGUAUUGGGUUCGAAAUCUUGUGUCACCGGUGAAGUUUUCAGACGCGAUCGAGAAGCUGUUCAAGAACAAGAAUUUUGAUUUUCUGCUCGAAGUUGGACCCGACAGUACGUUGAAGGGCCCUCUUCGACAAAUCAUGCGGGAUCUGAAUAUCCAAAACGUCACCUACAAGUCAAUCAUCUCCUCAGGAGAAGAUGCAAUAAGCUCGGCAGCAAACAGCGCCGGGAUGUUAUAUACACAGGGUUUCCCAUUAUGUGUCACCGCUAUAAACAUGAUCGACACCAGAUUGAAACCGAUGACUGAUUUGCCCCCAUAUCCCUGGAAUCACUCGCUAAAAUAUUGUAUUGAAUCACAAAUGUCCAGUUCCUGCCCGGCCGGUGGAUGCAGGCGUCAUGAUAUCCUAGGAUCCGUUGCUUUAGGUUCUAAUGAGUUGGAGCCAAAAUGGAGAAACCUUCUUCGAGUGUCGGAGCAGCCAUGGAUUCAAGAUCAUGUUGUCAGAGGGGAAACGAUCUAUCCGGCCGGGGGGAUUGUUGCCAUGGCAAUUGAAUCAGUCAAGCAAAUAGCCAACAAGGUCGAAUCUAUUGAGAAGAUCCACCUGAAGAACGUCCAUAUUCCUAAAGUAAUCGUUAUACCUGACAACGAAGCUGGCAUAGAGUGCUCUCUUCAAUUGCGACGCCCAAGCUCAACCGGAAGCCCUUGGACAAAUUGGUGGGAAUUUUCUGUCCUGAGCAGUCUCGACCAUCAGAAACCUGAACAAAUCGCUUUCGGCCUGGUCAAAGUCCAGUACAAGUCCGAUGAUAUCCCAUCAUGGGAAAUUCAAAAAACCCAAACCGUAAAGAUGCUCCGAGGGGAUUAUCAGAAAGCGAAACUGCUUUGUACACGCAGAAUCAAUCCGAAGGACUUUUACGAGGCAGAGAAGCAAGCAGGUCUAAACUAUGGACCAUGUUUUCAAGGUUUGACCGAUGUUUCGACUCACAGCCGCCGUUGCUGCUUCAAAAUUUCUGCCCCAAUCACCAGAGGCUCAAUGCCAGGCCGGGUUGAGAGUCCGUAUACUAUUCACCCUGUCUCCAUUGAGAUUAUGUUCCACUCUCUCUUGGCUGCUCUGGGAGGGAAUAUAGAUUCAAACUUCCACACAGUCGCAAUCCCAGUCUCGUUUGAUAGUAUGACUGUGGCUAUGGAACUCCCCGUUGGGGAAAACUCCAAGUUUCAUGGACACUGUGAGGCAAUCAAGGAAGACUCUGGUGAAGUUGUUGGAGAUGUAUUCGUGUCCGACCGUUCCUGGGUAGAGCCCAAGGUUCUGAUCAGAGGUGUACAUUUCAGGAAAUUACCGCCGGCAACUACACCAAGCCGUCCCAUUUGCCCCUGGAAAGCUCCGUUUGGGACACUUGCUUGGAAACCAGACAUUCAUCUAUGUCAGAACCAGAGUCUGGAAGAUUACUUGAGCCAAACAGAGCUCGUGCUGGACUUGGUCGCCCACAAAAACCCAGAUAUGUCCAUCCUUCAACUCGGUGGAAGCCUGUCUAUGACGAGGAGCAUUCUAUCAGUGCUCGCCACCGACCCUGAGGAUACUUCGCGCUUCUCAAAUUUGGUUGCCGCUGACACUAAUUCUGCUAUAGCCCAAGAUUUUGAGGACAAAUUUCGAGACUGGGGAUCCAAACUGAGCUUUAUCAAACUGAAUGAAGACCUUGAUUUACAGGGGCAAACACUAAGUCCGGGAUCUUUUGACCUUAUCAUCACCGGCGCUACUUUCAGCAACAAUAUGCAGAAGACUCGCUUCUUGCAAGACGUCCAGGGGUUGCUGAAAAAUGGCGGAGUCUUUCUAAUCCUCGAAUCAUUUACCGACAUCACGAAAACGAAAGGGUGGGAAAGUGUCGUAAUACAGUCAGGUCUGCAGCCUAUUGGCAUGCUUCAAUCAGACGACGAUGAAGUAAAAUCAGUCACCACGGCCUUGUGUGUCACCGUGAAAGCGUACACUGAAGUCCAGAAGAAACUUUCAGACGUCAUAUACAUUGUCCAACCUCCGAAUCUCACAGAGAAGAUGUCUGAAAUCGGCCAGUCGGUUAUCAGAAGAUUCUCAAGCUCUUCCAUGCCCGCCCAGAUUGUGGAGUGGCCUCCAGACCCUGCAAAAUUGAAGGAGCAACCCGUAAUAUCCCUGUUGGAGCUGACCAGGCCCUUCCUGAUCAACAUUUCGUCCCGAGACUUUGAGAUGAUGAAGACGAUUGUACAGGGCAGUUCCUCUUUCCUGUGGGUGUCCAUGGGCUCUGAACCGAUGAUGACCGUUGGCAUGGGCUUUUUCAGAGUAUUGAGGAAUGAAAACCCAAAGCUCAACGUUCGCUUCUUGCUUUUCGAAGAAAUGGCUGGUCGCCAACCAGACGAAUUAGCAGGCAACAUUUUCAAAGUUAUGACCAGUUCAAACCCAGACGGCGAGUUUAUUCAAAUGGACGGGCAACUCUGUAUCAAUCGCUGGUCACCAGACAAAGGAAUAAGUCGAAUCACGACGGAUCAGGGGGGCGUUGUUCUAGAAGCAAUGGCUUUGGAAGAGAGUCAAACACCCUUAAGGAUCCACGCAGAAGGCUCGGGGCAGGAACAAUCAUGGUAUUUCGUUGCUGAAAAUGAAUUAAGCGGCCAUCCGGCUCCUGGUGAAGUCGACAUCGUGACGCGGGCCGUGGUUUUGAGUAAUCAGGACUCAACGGCAUCUUCACCAGAACCCAUCAAAGAAUUCAGUGGCAUUGUCAAAUCCGUGCACAAAGACUGUCCCAGAUUUAAGCCCGGAGAUCGCGUCUACGGUUGCCAACCGGCUCCCUAUCGGACAGUGUACAGGGUCAAAGAACGAUUUUGUCAGCAGAUUCUGGGAGACGACCCAUUUGAGAAAGCAGCAAGCCGGCCGAUCACUUUUGGCACGGCAUAUUAUAGUCUUGUGAAGAUCGCAAAUCUACAAUAUGGCCAGACCGUUUUGAUUCAGGCCGCAUCAACCGCCGUGGGUCAAGCAGGCGUUCAAAUAGCCCAAGCCCAGGUCGCGGUGGUCUUUGCCACGGUUAGGACGGAGGAAGAGAGUCUCUUGGUGGAAAAGCUUGGAAUUCCCAGGGAACGAAUUCUAAACGAUGCGGACCCGGAGCUGUGUACCACGAUUUCCAGACUCUCGGGAAGAAAAGGCUUCGAUGUCAUUCUCAACAUCUCCAAAGAUGGUGAAGAUCUUGGUGACCUGUGGCGCUCUGUUGCCUCCUUUGGUCAUCUCAUCAGCGCUGCUGCCGCCAAUCAGCUCAAGGGACCUGAUCUCGACAUGGCACCAUUUCAAAAGGGAUGCUCUUUUGCCGUGGUCGACAUGAAUCUCAUUUAUCGAGAAAAUCCAACCUUGAUGGCGGAGAUAUCGAAGGAUCUGGGCCGAUAUCUAGCGACAUCCUCCCUCCGCCCCAUUGAGCCGACUAGAGUCUAUUCCUCGGAGCAAAUCUCCGAUGCAUUCAAGUCUACCAAGAGUCAAGAUAUGUCUCCGGGUACGACGAUCGUCUCUUUCAACCCGCAAGAUGAGCUCCGAAUCCACCCAACGGCGAGAAAUCCCCUCCACUUGCAAAAGGAAGCGUCCUACGUCUUGGUCGGUGGCCUCGGAGGAUUUGGUCGGCACCUCGCCAGGCUCCUGGUGGAUCAUGGAGCACGCCAUAUGGUAUUUCUGUCCCGAUCGGCGCUGAUGGCGGCGAAUGCACAAGCCGUGGUCGAUGAGAUUGCGGCUCGAGGGGUUAUUACCAAAGUUUUCGUCUGCGAUAUCUCUGAUGAGACCACGCUGAGCAAAGUGGUGGAACAGUGCAGGAACGAAAUGCCACCAAUUCGCGGAGUCAUUCAAAGUACCGCAGUGGAUAACGACUCUCUCGACCGAAAGACGACUCAUGAACUCUGGCUGGAUGCCACCCGCAUCAAGAUUCGGGGAUCCUGGCUUCUGCACAAGUUACUUCCACGGAAGAUGGACUUCUUUGUGCUAGUGGGUUCGACGAAGCGAAUGUUCGGCAAUCGAACUCAGGCGAGUCACGCAGCGGUAAACACAUUCCAACAUGCGCUGGCGCAAUACAGGCGUCAUCAAGGUCUGGCCGGCGCUGCGGUGGAUUUGGGCCCCAUGCUGGGGGAGAAAUUCGUCGCAGAGAAAGACGGAUCUACCAAUAUUCUUAAUUUAGAAGCACCGAGCCUCAGCGAAGCAGAGUUACAAGCAAUCAUGGUGGCAGCCAUGACGGGAUCUUAUGGAUCAAACCCGACACCGGUACCACUUGUGACCGGUUUGCCCACGGGAGGUCUUCUUCAUCGCCAAGGACUGGACGGGCCAUCCUACUAUAGUGACCCGCGAUUCUCGUUCUUGAAGAAGAUGGACUUUGGGCAGAAUGUGAGAGAAGAAAUCAGCGGCGAAGAGAAUGAGGAAUCAAGUCUUGCAAAACGGCUCAGAGCGUGCCAGUCUCUAGAGGAGGCAUCGAAGGAGAUCUGCUCGGCGAUGUGCGAAUUUUUAGGCGAGGAAUUGCAAACAGGGGCAGAAAACCUCGAGAUCAAUUCUUCCUUAUAUUCGAAUGGCGCUGAUUCUCUUCUAGCCGUCGAGAUGCGAAGUUGGUUGCUUCGGCAGAUGGGGGCGGAAAUCUCAUUGGGCGACAUGCUAAGCGGACACAGUAUCUCAGAAUUGGCGGACAAGAUUGCCACCGCAUCGACAUUGAUUCCUGCGGGCGUGAAAUAG